UGCAGCCUGGCCCAACAUCCAGCUCGCGGCAUUGCAGCCUUCUGACACCAACCCUCCUCACCUUUAACUCAGCAAACUAUCACUUGAAUUUCGCAACAAAUCGAACAGCUACGAUCUUUCUACUCUGCGCGAGUGAACCCCUGAUCACCUUCGAUUCCUGAAGCCUCAACACUUGCCUCUACCACUUGCACACACCGACACAUACAGCCUGAUGCGGCUGCUAUACACUACGAGUGAUGGAGGGAUUGGAUGGACUGCCGACUUAAUCGGGGACAAGAUCCCCUCUUAUGCGAUCCUAUCGCACACCUGGAAAGAAGGACAGGAAGUAACAUUUGCUGACCUGAAAGAUCUGGACAAUGCAGCAGGUGUUGAAACACGAAGAAAGGAGGGGUAUCAGAAGCUUCUCUUCUGCGCGCAACAGGCCAAGCAGGACGGUCUGAAGUACUUCUGGGUGGACACCUGUUGUAUUGAUAAGACGAACAACACAGAGCUUUCGGAAGCGAUCAACUCCAUGUUUCGUUGGUACCAGAACGCAAUCAAGUGCUACGUCUUCCUUUCCGACGUCGAGGACAGGUCUUUAGAUGGGGAUGGAGAGUCAUGUCGAAGAUGGAAGGCAGUUUUUGGGAAGAGCAGAUGGUUUAGCCGGGGCUGGACGCUUCAGGAACUAGUAGCACCUUGUUCCGUCGAGUUCUUUUCUGAAAAUGGAUCGCGGCUAGGAAACAAGGAGUCUCUUAGCCACACUAUACACGAGAUUACUGGAAUACCGAUUAAAGCUCUGUCAGGAAGCGACUUGUCCGAAUUCGACGUUGCUGAACGGUUCUCUUGGGCAGCAAAUCGCCAGACGACACGCGAAGAAGACGGUGCAUACUGCCUGCUGGGCAUCUUUGGUAUCUAUAUGUCACCAAUAUAUAGUGAAGGCAAAGAUCAUGCUAUGAAACGGCUACAGAAAAAAGUAGAAGAAGCUUCCGAGGACACCCUAGGUCAAGAAGAGAAACUUGGUAAAAUCUGCAGAUGGCUUUCGGCUCCUGACCCGUCCACAAACUACCAUAAAGCGCACAAGCAGCGGCAGGCUGAUACUGGACUCUGGGUGCUAGACAGCGAAAGCUUCACCAAAUGGAAAGCAAGUCCAGCGUCGCGACUGUGGCUGUAUGGGAUCCCGGGAUGUGGCAAGACCAUCCUAAGCUCUACAGUUAUCGAACACCUGCUGCAGCACUGCUACGGUAAUACUAGUAUGGUGAUAGCAUACUUUUACUUCGACUUCAACGAUACGCAGAAACAGGACCCAGAGCUAAUGUUCUACUCGUUGUUCUGCCAGUUUCUGCAGCGCUUAGUUACAAUACCUGAGGGCGUCAAUGCAUUGUUGUUAGCAUGUAAAAAUGGGCACCGGCGGCCAUCAUUACAUGCGCUUCUAGAGCUAAUACCACAGGUGAUACAACAAUUCACGCAUGUCUAUGUUGUCCUAGAUGCGCUCGAUGAAUGUACACAGCGCCAAGAACUAAUGCAUAUGCUUGAGAUAGUAGUUAGAUGGCAGCUCGACAACCUACAUCUGCUUAUGACCAGCCGGAAAGAGCGGGAUAUUGAGAGCUCUUUGGAGAGUUACAUUAAAGAAGAAGAUACAAUCUGUCUUCAAAAAGACGUUGUAGAUAGCGACAUACAACGAUACGUUCAACAAAGGUUGUCUGACGAUAAGAAUCUAGCAAAAUGGAAUAAAGAUGCUGCUAUCAGACAAGAGAUUGAGGCUGCACUAAUACACGGAGCUCGUGGGAUGUUCCGAUGGGCUGUAUGUCAGCUUGACACUCUAGCGCAGUGUCGCAAUCGAGCGAUGCUGCGCAAGUCAUUAACUACCUUGCCGAAAACGCUGGAUCAGACAUACGACCGCAUUCUCGCUGCUAUAAAUGAACAAGAUCGCGACUUCGCGAUGCGCAUCCUGCGGUGGCUGACGUUCUCUGAGCGGCCGAUGUCGGUCGAAGAGAUUGCUGAGGUCGUCGCUAUCGACGUAGCGCGCGAGCUAGCGUUCGACCGCGAUGAAGUGCUAGAAGACCCGCUAGAGGUGCUGAACAUCUGUUCUAGUCUUGUCACUAUCACGACGAAAGAGCAGGACGGAACGGAAAGAAUAGAAUCUGCUCAGCGUAUCAUCACUCUAGCGCAUUAUUCCGUCCAGGAGUAUCUUGUAUCAGAGAGGAUCAAGCAAGGACAAUCGAAGCAGUACAGUAUGCAAGCGGCUGAAUGCCACAAUUCGAUAACAGAGGAUUGUUUAAAAUAUCUAUUGCAGUUCCAGCAACCAAUUUCAACGCACACUCUUGAGAAGUUUGCGCUCGCAAGGUAUGCAGCAGAGUUCUGGAGUAGCCAUUUUCGGAAAAUAGGGGAUGAGACAAGCAGAGUGAGCCGAGUGGCGAUGAGCUUAAUGUCAACAGAGCAACCCGCAUAUCUCGCAUGGAUCCAGUUGUAUGACGCGGAUGAACCAUGGCAAGGAUCAGACUUUGAAAAAAGUUUCGAAAUCAUACCUAUGCCGCUUUACUAUGCCGCAUUGUUAGGGUGGAGAGUACGACAACGCAUUAUGGGCAGCUUCAUCAAGAGGCCACGAGCAGAUAGUUAAGAUGUUACUAGACGCGGGCGCCGACGUCAACGCUCAGAAUCAACGCGGCACCGCGCUGGACAUAGCUUCAUCAAGAGGCCACGAGCAGGUAGUUAAGAUGCUACUAGACGCUGGCGCCGACGUCAACGCCCAGAGUAAGUACGACAACGCAUUACGGGCAGCUUCAUCAAGAGGCUACGAGCAGGUAGUUAAGAUACUACUAGACGCGGGCGCCGACGUCAACGCCCAAAGUAAGUACGACAAUGCAUUGUGGGCAGCUUCAUCAAGAGGCCACGAGCAGAUAGUUAAGAUGCUACUAGACGCGGGCGCCGACAUCAACGCCCAGAAUCAACGCGGCACCGCGCUGGACAUAGCUUCAUCAAAAGACCUCGAGCAAGUGGUCAAGCUCCUAGUUGAUGCAGGUGCUGUUUACCCUAGCCGUCCUGGCAGCGUUACUUGGACAGACAGCAUGAUGGAU